GUGAUGCGAUAUAUUGAAACAUCGGUAUUUAGUCCCACAUUUUUACCAUUUAAAUUUCUUUCAGGAAGCACGAAAUAGGUUGAAGUUAUGUAAGAACAUUGAAACUUUCAUCUUAACAUAAGACUGCAAGUAUAAAAGUGUUGCGUUUGUCAUUUUAUAGAAGUAAAAACCAGGGGUGUAACGGCACAACAAAAAUCACAGUACAAAAAAAUUAAACCUACAAAGGUUUUCUUUGGCGUAAACUGUAAGAUUUAAAAUUAAAUGGCAACAAAACGCUAAGAUUAAAAAAAGUCACAAGUUAAAAUCUUUGUGUGAAAGUGCCACAUCAAGAGUUUGUAUUGUUUUUGAGAACAAACAAAUGGCCAAAAUAACCCCAAAAACAUCUUUUAUCCAGAGGCUGCCCUGCACUAUUUAUGAAGUAACCAUGGCUAGAUUUGGAAGCAGUUGCACUUUUACGUAUUCUAUGAUUCGUGUGGGGACUCGCCUUUGUACUAUACUGAAAAAUCUGACUACAUAAUCACUUUGCACCGCUAGUAAAAUGUCCUCUGAUGUAAUAUUGACUGCAUAACCAUGUACAGGCAGCAGACAGAGGUGAGCUUCUCCAAGAAAAUCAAGCAAGUCGAGGAUCGUUUCUCGGCUGACCAAGAAUCCUCAGCCGCGCACUUUCAGGCGGACAUUUUGAAACUCGAGUGGAACUAUCAGAGUGAACUGAGGGAGCUCUCGGAGAGCCACGCGGAGCAAAAGCUCUGCUGGGAGGCACGGUUGCAGAGAGCGCUCGAGAGUGCCGAAGAAUGGCGGAUAAAGACUGAAGAAGGAGGAGAAGGACUUCAUCGGGAGUGGGCAGAAGAACGGCUUGAACUGGAGAAAGUUCAUAGAGAAGCCAUGCUAGCACUGGUUAAAAAGAACCAACAAUUGCAACACCAGGUUGAAAUUAGUGCAACAGCUGCCCAGACCAAAGAAAUUGAGCUCAGUCACCAGCUGAACAAUCUUCACAGCCGACUCCAGGAGAGUCUCCAGGCCAAGGAGGAUCUUCUAGCUCACUCUGACAAGCAAGCCAAGGACGCUGAGCAUCUCCUCAUCCAAACGGUAGAAGACUUCCGACUGGAGAGGGAGGAAUUUCACAGCAGCCACUCGCAGCUCCAAGCGCAAUACGAAGAUCUGCUUUCAGUGUCCCACAGACAGACCGAAGGGAGGAUCUUGCUGCUGACAGAACGUGAUGAUUUGAAGCUGAAGAUUGAAGAGACGGAUAAGAUCCUCAAACAGGCGGUAGAUGACUUUGAGCUGGACCGGAAGGAACUUCAGGAACAGGUGGCUUUCCUCAUAGACGAAUUGAAGAAAAGUCAAACACAGGAUCUGGCUUUGGGUGUGUCUAAGAACGGGGAAAUGGUUACACCGUCAAUUUCCGAUAAUCCUGUCAGUGAGCAAGAUCUGAAAGUGGAGGGUGACCCAAUGGUUGAGUCUGCAGAAGACCUGUUGCAGCUGAAGACUUCUGCAAGUGAGAACCAAGACCUCCACGUCUCAUGGACUUGUAACACAAAUGUUUCAAGCAAACGGUGCAACAAUUUAGAAACUUCAAACUUUGACGACCCCUAUGACCACCCUGAAGUUGUCCUUUGUCAAGAAGACCCUCGGAUGACCACUGACCGAGAGGUCCCAGAGACUGAUGGAAACGCAAAGGACUGUGCUUCCUCACACAGUCAGUGCCAAAAGAAAAACGCAUCAGGAACUUUGGAAUUCUAUAAAGAAGAAAGUGGACCUCACGAUGUGCUUGCCGCUACCUCGAAAAGCCCCUCACCCAAGGAUCAGAAUGCUGACUAUGAUCCUGGUUCAGAAUUCGGUGUGGAGGAUUUAAACGGACAACAAAAAAACGUUAGUCGAGAAACUUUUGAUCUAGAUGUUGAUGAUGAACUCCAGAAUUUGUCCAUCUUUGAACUGCAGUUUGCAUACUGUCAAACCAGAGAGGAGAGGCUUCUCAUGCAGGAGAAGAUCCUGUUGCUCCAGCAAAAGAUUGAGCUCCUCCAGAGUCUUUUGGAGCACAACAGCAGGAAGAUCCAAACUGGCCGUGCGUAUCUAGAGGAAAACUACAACCUCAAAGUCAAGAUGUUCCUGCUGAUGGAGCACAUCAAAGUGCUAGAAAUGAAGGCAUCCAAACUGAAAGAGCUUCAGACUCGCUACGACGAUUGCUUGGGCGAAAACGCUGAGUUGAAAGCGCAAAAUGCUGAACUCAUAAAGAAGGUUUGGAGAUUGAAAAGUAGCGAGAGUGAUGAGGUUCUUUCUCUCACAAACGACAUUAGCAGGAUGCAACGGGAGAACCAUAAACUCUCAGAGAUGUUCAUGGAGUUUGAGGCACAAAUGGACAGUCUGGAUCUCGGAUUCCCCUCGAGCAGAAUCUCUGAGACUUCUGAUCUCAUUGACAGCUCUGGUGAGUUUGAGGUGGAAACCGCUGAUUUUCACGAAGCCACCUCAGAGCUGCCGGAGACGAACAGAACCACACGGCCCAAUAGGUAACGUGGAGACAACCUUGGACCCUCUCCCCAGAUUUAUCCCCAUCAUUCUCUCAUGUCCCUGGCAGUAUUGUGACUAGAAACCUAAUGCCUCUAAACCCAAGCCUGUUAUCGUAGUCCUGCCCUUCUACAUGGAGACAGGAGGUUGUAGGAGUUAAUAAUAGUGCCAGCAACAGAAACCAAAACAACAUUGAACGGGUUUCUGCAGCAGUCUCUGUGUAAAAGUGGUUUUGGAGACUUGUGACGUAGUUGCUCUGAUUCCUGACCCCGUGGUUCUCAAACUGGGGUCUGGGGUCCAUGUUUCGCAACCUGUGGGUAGUCCGCCGUGCUAAUAAACCACACAUACUAAACUAAUUAAUCAACUUAGCUUUGGGCCAUUUGAAACCUUUGAUAUAAUUAUACGGUAUCCGCACAAAAAUCACAUUAUUUCGAGAAUAUUUUUCCAUAUUUUUAAAGGAGUCUUUUCCAAAAGGCAGAAUAUUUACAAAAUAAAUUUGUAUUUUUGAAAUUCACUUCAUUACAAUUUCAUCUUUAUUCUCAAGAUUUUCUCUUUGUUGUCAAAAUUAUUCCCCCCUGUAAUUAAUAUACUGCACAUCUGUAACGCUGACUUUCUCUAAAAUAAGUCACUUUUUAAUUCAUUUGGCAUUUAGGACUCAACAUGGUGACAGUUUUUCUGAGUGUUUCCCUUGAACCCAAAGUUUGAGAACCUCCGCUGUAGCGCAAUAUAUA